AUGGCGUUCUGGGGCGUGGAACUCAGGCCCGGGGAACCCUACGUGCACCGCCAUCCACCAUCACUCGGUCGUCUCUGCAUUACAAAGGCUGAACCGGUGAACAAGAGCACUGCUGAAAGGACCAUGGUGCAGUGCAUAGUUGGUAACAGUGCACCAAUCAUCAUUUGUAGCCUCAACCCUGGAUUAGUUGAGAUGUGUCAUCUUGAGCUGGAGUAUCAAGAAAACGACGAGGUUCACUUCUCGGUGCUUGGUGUGAGUUCUGUGCAUCUCUCAGGAUAUUACCUCAGGGGCUGCAACUGCCGUGCAAGAGACCAUGAGUCGUCAGAAUCUGAGGGAGAGGAUGUUGGAGGAGAGUAUGAGAGUGAUAGGGAAACUAGUGAAUCUCAUGGAGGGGAUGUUGGAGGAGAGUAUGAGAGUGAUAGGGAAACUAUUGAAUCUCAUGGCGGGGAUGUUGGAGAGUAUAAUAGUGACUGGGAGUAUCUUCAUGUGAGCGAGGACGUGAGCGAGGACAGUUCAGAAUCUGACGUUCUUGAUGAUGGUGACGUCGAAGUGCCCGACAACGCUGGUGUUUCUGAGUCCAUGCAUGAUGGUGAUAUGUACUCCACCGCUGAUCGCAGACAAGAAAGUCCAAUUAACUGUGCUUUUGUAGAAAAUCACCAAGUUGAUAGCCUCGAUGACAACAUUCAUAGUUCUCCAUGCAAGCCUGCUGUGAGACACAAUACUAGUUCAAUGUUUAAUAGUGGCAGUGAAGAUAAAGAUUUUGUAACCCAAAGUGAAGGGAAAAGCGCGAACAUGCAUGUUUCAUUGUCUAAGAAAAUCAAUGGCAAAGUUUCUGAUGAAAUUGAACCGGAGAAGUUUACAUCACAUGAUGAGACCGAGAAAGAGAUAAAUGCUGCCAGGAAAAGGAAAAGUGAUGCCAUCAAUCAGGAUUCUGCGUCGCCAGUGAAAGUAACAAUGGUCAAUGGAUCAUCGAUUCCAGAACUAGAACCUGAAAAGAAAUCCCCACUAGAGCCAGAAUAUGGAAAGCGUUCUAAAAACAUAAGAACUUUGGAAGAUGGGCUGAUCAUAGAAGAUCUGUCAGCAGGAAACAGUGAUGCAGAGUUUUCUUCAGAUGGAAAGAAGGGUUGA